UAUGUUGGCGUUUUAUGUAUAUUUCUGUAAUAUUUCUAAUAGCUAGCAGGGCUAAAUUCGAGUUACGUCAACAAAUGCUUGGAGCAUAUGGCAUAUACGGGACUAUGAUAAUCGAAAUUGGACGAGGAGGGAGCACCGAGCUUGUAAACAGUACAGGCAGAUAAUCGGUACAAGUUUUAACGGAGAUUCCGACUAUGCGAUGUCGCGAAUCAAUUAACGAUCUACAAUCUAUUCACGAUCGGCUCUCCCACUAACGUUGAACGAGAUAGCGCACGUGCGUAUGUUCGGACAGCAAGCAAAACGACGCGACGCGUCGUGCCUAUGUAUAUGAGCGGAUCAAGUACCGACAGACGGGCCGAGGCUUCUUUUAUCAGUCAACGACGACCGCGUGAAGCAAACGGUUCUGUACGCGGUGUGGUGCAUUUAUAUCCGGCACGAAGCUUCCUUUACGUUAUUCGCGUUGCCCGCUGUCCGCUGUCCGCUUUUCACCUAACAUUUCACGACACUGGAUCGCCUAUCGAUCUCGGUACUCCACCUGAACUCGACCAAACAGCAACACUUUCAUCUCUGCCCGCCACUUUCCACGCAUCGGGAAGAAUUUCGUGAGAAAUUGAGCUCUCUUUCGAGGAGAAGAAGAAGAAGAAGAAGAAGAAGAAGAAGAAGAAGAAGGCCGAAGCCGUACGAGGCAGAAGUGGCAGGGUCAAUCGAACAUCACGGAACAAUAAACGUUUUAUUAGGAAACGUCGACACGCUGGCGCAAAUUCCUCGACACAUUGUUACUACAUCAAGGCUGACGAAAAUAGGCAGAUCCGAGGUGAAAUUAUCACAAGUCGAUCCCGGGUUUUCUCAACUUCGACGACGAUAUUUCAAGAUCGUACGCCAACAGCGAAUCCGGUAUGGUCGCUUUUCCGGACUUGUCGACUGAACCGACGGCGUUGUUGAACAUAACUGAUGGAAAGUUAAACAAUCACGCGGAUCGCAAUGAACAGUUAGCAAACAUGCCUAACGACACCAGAGUUAAGGAUCACGCGUUCACCAUAUCGCGAGUCGACGCGUGGAACGGCAAGGAUAACUAUGCGUUAGAUUUCGACUGUAUGGAAAAGGAGACCGACAAGACACAGAAUGCGUCAUCAGGCAUUAAAGCGGAACCGGAUGACAUGAGAAAAGUGCCAGAUCCUGAUCCCGAUUUUCGUAAUAAUCCGGAUGGGUUCGGCAAUAACGGCCACAUAGACGAAAGAUGGUAUCAUACCACCCUGCAGAUCGCUGUUCCAUUCUUCAUCGCCGGAAUAGGCACCAUCGGAGCGGGUCUGGUUCUUGCAAUGGUCACGGAGUGGACAGUGUUUCAAAAAGUACCUCUGCUCAUUAUGGUACCCUCUUUGUUAGGAUUGAAAGGCAAUCUCGACAUGUGUUUGGCUUCCCGUUUGUGCACGCAAGCGAAUUUAGGAAACAUGCACGGGUAUCGAGAAAUAGCGAAAAUGAUUAUCGGUAACAUCGCGCUGGUACAGAUACAAGCGAUCGUCGCCGCUGUUUUGGUAUCGAUUUUCGCAGUUGCGGUCAACGGCAUAACAAAGCAUAGUUUCGAGUGGGAACAAUGUUUGCUAAUGGCCGCAUCCGGCGUAUCAACCGCCACCAGUUCUUGCUUUAUCCUAGAUUUUGUAAUGAUAGCUGUCAUCAUGGUGUCGUAUCGAUGCAAAAUGAACCCUGACAAUUUAGCGACACCUUUAGCAGCGUCCGUCGGAGAUGUUGUAUCGCUUAGUGUUCUAUCAAUGAUCGCAUCCUCGUUGUUCGAGAAAAUAGAGACACAACUGUGGGUUUUAUACGUGAUACUUGGCUGUUACUUCUUGUUGUUGCCAUUUUGGAUCUACGUUGUUCUGAGAAACAAAUACACCAGAAACGUGUUAACGUCCGGAUGGGUCCCUGUCUUAUCUGCUCUAUUUAUCAGUGGAAUUGGCGGUUUAAUUCUCGAAUAUGUCGUUAAUUCUUUGGCUGGAUUCGCGAUCUUUCAACCUAUCAUAAACGGAAUUGGUGGUAAUUUAGUCUCUGUACAAGCAUCUCGAAUCUCAACUACGUUGCAUCAGACAUCGAUUAUGGGAACUUUACCGGACUCCUCGAAAAUGUGGGUUACCCCAUGGACGGCGCUCUUUAAAGGCUCACCGUACGCUAAAACUGCCAGAAUACUAAUCUCCAUGGCGGUAUUCGGCGAACUGGUAUUCAUUUAUCUCGCCGAUUACCUCAAACAAGGAAAAUCUACGUUGCACGUGUAUUUCGCGAUCUCUUACAUCCUCGUGGCCGUUUUUCAAGUCAUGUUGCUGCUUUACGUGGCGCACAUAAUUAUUCACGCCAUGUGGCGGCACAAAAUUGACCCGGAUAAUUCAGCUAUACCGUAUCUGACGGCUUUGGGCGAUCUUACGGGGACUAUGUUCUUGGCAAUGGCAUUCUGGUUUCUAAAGAGCAUACAUCAAGAAUACACCAGCACGUAAUUUUACAGAACUCGUGCGUGCAACCGUUAUCACCUCUAGAUGAAAUGAAAACUAAAAACUGCGUGUCGACGUUCCUUUCCUAAAUAUCGAACGUAAAUUUCGAAAACGUGAAUCAAUUAUGAGAGUGAACGUUUCGUGAAACCGAGUACAUACAAUGUAUCUUCACGAAACAAACAAAAGAUCAAUACACUUUCUUUGCUGCCUCCAUUAACAUAACAUUUUAACGUCGCGUUAAAACUUUGCUACUCCUGAAAUAGAAAAAUUCUAAUAAGACGAACGACGAACCGUAGUGACUCCAUCAUGAUAUAAUUUAUUAUAAUCUUCUAACGAUCGUGCAAUUUUAAUUUACGCAAGAAAGUUUAUGAUAAAUCUAUUGAUCGGCGACUACAUACUUACAGACGCGAGAUUUAUACAUUUUUAUCAUUUUUUUUUUUAAUUAUACGCGAUUGCUUGUUAGUUAAUUUUAUCAAAUUAAGAGCAGAUCUGCUCGAUAUAUUAAAAUUGAUUAAUAAUUAUAGCGUGAAGCCAAAGUAAAAAUAAUGCUGGCCUAAAUUUUUAUAAUAGUACGUGUAGUUUUAAUUAUGAGAUUAUAGUUAGAGAUUAAAACAUUUUAUUAUCGUUACAAGUUUUAAGAAAUUUUUUACAUCGAAUAGAUUUACUAAAUAAUAGACUGCUAGAGUUGCGUACGUAAGUAUGUAUAUUACCACACGCGACUAUUUCUAACGAAUAUUUUUUAAUAACAUAGUUUAGUUUGUCGUCUAACAAAAAUUGCAGACAUAAUUUAAGAAAAAUAUUUGUUCGUGGUAUAAAUUAUGAU